UUCAAACUUGAAAAGCAAGCGCAGACUCUCUCUCUCCAGCAGUGUCGCCACCUAACGACAUCGUCUCUCAACAUUCGCAGAGAGAGAGAGAGGGAGACUUUUCUAACCCCUAAAUCCAUUUCUCAGCAAUCGACAAAGAGGAGACUUUGCUAAAUUCUCCGAUUUUCUAGGCAACCUCAAAAUCCCCCCAAUAAUGGAGCAAAAUCAAAUCCCAACUCCACCAAUUGAAGCCCAAAUUCCGGCCGACGACCCCACCGCAUCGUCCCUCUUCGACUGGUCGGAUUUCCUCGACUUCAACGUCGAUGAGGGCCUUCACCCUGCGCCGUCGCUUCCCCACUCCGAGCAGGAGCAGGAGCAGGAGCAGGCAGGUGGGUCCGACCCGGCCCAAGAGAAGCCCGGCGCGGUGAGGAAAAGGGACCCCAGAUUGCUGUGCUCCAAUUUCCUGGCCCGGGUCCCCUGCGCUUGCCCCGAAUUGGACGCCAAGCUGGCCGAGGAGGAGCGCCAGCUCCCCAGUAAGAAGCGGACCCGGGUAGCCAGGGGGCCCAGUGGCCCGGCCCGGUGCCAGGUGCCGGGCUGCGAGGAUGAUAUCUCUGAGCUUAAAGGGUAUCACAAGCGCCACCGCGUUUGCUUGCGCUGUGCGAAUGCGGUCUCUGUGGUUAUUGAUGGCGAGGCCAAGAGAUACUGCCAGCAGUGUGGAAAGUUCCACAUCUUGUCAGAUUUUGAUGAGGGCAAACGUAGUUGUAGGAGGAAACUAGAACGUCAUAAUAACAGACGUAGAAGGAAACCACAUGAUUCUAAAGAAGGUACUGAAAAGGAAUCUCAACCGAUAAUCUUGGCUGAUGAUCUCAGCGGCGAUGAUGAUGAUGCUGGAAAAGAUGGAAUAAGUGUGAACGGUCAGAUUGAAGAGAAGGAGCCUUUGCUGGAGUCAGAUGGGCAGGUCUCUGUUCGAGGCUCGCAGAAUCUCCAAAGCGAUAGUAUUGUAUCAUUAUCCACCUCUGGCGAACCUCAUGCCAAAGCUGAUACACAGGAUCCGACAUUCAAGCAGUCUCCACCCUACUGUGACAACAAGAGUAGUUAUUCCUCCGCGUGCCCUGCAGGUAGGAUUUCAUUUAAGCUCUAUGACUGGAAUCCAGCUGAAUUUCCUCGACGCCUUCGACUUCAAAUAUUCCAAUGGUUGGCUAGCAUGCCUGUUGAGUUGGAGGGGUAUAUCCGUCCGGGUUGUACAAUCUUGACUGCUUUUAUUGCAAUGCCGGAACCAGUGUGGCGUAAGUUAUUGGAGGAACCGGCUUUAUGCAUCAAAAAUCUUGUUUCGUCACCAGGGAGCCUUUUGUCGGGAAGAGGCGCAAUGCAUGUUUAUCUGAAUGACAUGAUUUUUCGAAUCACAAAAGAUGCAACUUUGGUACAUGAGGUUAAAGUAAAACAUCGAGCUCCGAAGCUUCAUUUCAUUUAUCCAAAUUGCUUCGAGGCUGGCAGGCCAAUGGAAUUCGUGGCCUGUGGAAGCCAUCUACUCCAACCAAACUUCCGGUUUUUAAUAUCAUUUGCUGGACAGUACCUGGCAUAUAAAAUCCGUGUUUCAUCUCCGUGUGAGAAAGGCCACGCCAAUAGUGCUGACCAUCAGCUGUUGAAGAUAUAUGUCCCUCAAAUUGAUAUUGCCCUUUCUGGCCCUGGUUUUGUCGAGGUUGAAAACCAGUCUGGUUUGUCCAACUUCAUCCCGGUCCUCGUUAGUGACAAAGAAACGUGUGCAGAAAUGGUGAUCUUGCAACAAAAGUCUGCAACACCCUUCUCCUCCUCCUCCUCCUCCCAAGAACUAGAAUGCUGUUCUCCACGGCCUGCAUGCGAAGUUCUUGCUUCACGGCAAGCUGAGUUCUCAGAGUUCGUCUUAGAUGUGGCGUGGUUGCUGAAGAAACCGGCAUCAAAGCAAAAGCUGACAUCGUCCCACAUUCUAAGAUUGAACUGUUUAUUGAAGUACUUGAUGGAAAAGGAGUCUACAGUCGUUCUGGAUGGACUAUGUUGCUCGAUGAGAUCCGCAAUGGACAACGAUUUGGUUGAUAGCGACUCUGAUUCCGACCUGAGGCUAUUACAGAAAAAUAUGAACACUGCUCGGAGAAGGCUCGCUCCUAGAUCACAUCAAAAAGUGGUUGCCAAUACCCCCACACCAAGUGGAAACUGUUGCAGCCACAGCUCGGAAAAUGAUGCCUCGUCUCUCAUCCCGUCAUCUAGUCUGAACUUUAUCUCUCAGGGUCUUCAGAGAACGGUGAAGAAACUGAUCGGGCUCGUGAGGCCCCGGCCCUCUUUAAACGAAGACACGGCGACAGUUCCUCUUUUGCAAGACGAAGUGAUCAUGAACGUCAAUCUUCAGGAGAGGCCGAGUAGGUCUUGGAGUUCAAGAACGCUUUCUACUUGGCGGCUCCUUGUAAUGGCGGUGAUGGCCGUCGGUGUCUGUUUUGGAGUGUGCGCAGUCGUGGUCCACCCUCAACAGGUUGGCCGGAUCACAUCUACCAUACACAGCUGCGUGUUCGACAACUCUGGACGCUGACCUAUCUCUCGGGCCGUAGGAGGUGCCGGAUCCAUCUGUAAAUUUACUCGCUCACUCAACUAUGAUUGAGGUUCGACCUAUAAGGCGUUGGCUUGUUUACUUUCUUCUGAAAUUAUGUAUAAGCAUUUGUUUUUGUUGUGUAAGUAAAUUUUUGGGGGGAAAGGGCAACAGCUCUUAACUAGAAAUCAUAAUUUGUUUGUACUAGGAUCUUGUUUCAGAAUAAAAGCAUUUAAAUUGGAAUU